CCGGCCUCCCGCCUUGAGGGGGCCGCCGAGCCCGGGCGGAGGCGGGUGCCCAGGGCGGGCUGCGGGAGCCGGCCCAGCCGCCGGCCGGCAUGGGGGCCGGGGCGCUGGCCAUAGGCCAAGGCAAAUCGGCUGUGAAAUUGAAGGAGGACAUGAAAAAGAUAGCCGCUCUUCCACUGAACAAGCAGAGGGACACGACCUGUCCAAAGGUGUUUGGUGUGAGUCUGCUGGAGCUCCAGCAGCAGGGACUGAGCAAAAAUGGCAUCCCAAUAGUUGUGUGGAAUAUAGUCGAGUACCUCACCCAGCAUGGUAUGACACAGGAAGGCCUCUUCAGGGUAAACGGCAGCAUGAAAAUGGUAGAACAGCUGCGUCUGCAGUACGAGCGUGGAGAAGAGGUGGAACUUGUUAAAGAUGGUGAUGUGUACUCAGCAGCCAGCCUGUUGAAAUUAUUUUUGAGAGAGUUGCCAGAUGGGAUUAUCACCUCUGCCUUACAUCCCAGGUUCAUUCAGCUUUACCAGGACACUAGAAACGACAUGCAGAAGGAAAGUAACUUGAAAGAACUCCUUAAAGAACUGCCUGAUGCUCAUUACUGCCUGCUGAAGUAUCUGUGCCAGUUCCUGAUAAAGGUUGCUGAACAUCAUGUAGAGAACAGGAUGAACCUUUGCAAUCUUGCCACAGUGUUUGGACCAAACUGCUUUCAUGUGCCCUCUGGAUUUGAAGGUAUAAAAGAACAGGAGAUCUGCAACAAGAUAAUGACAAAAAUGCUGGAAAAUUACAAUACCUUGUUUGAAUUAGAAGGUUUGAAGAAGGAUGAAGAAAAGCCUGCAUGUGAAGAGCUAGCAAGAAUUAUUUUGGUAAAAAUGACAAAGUCCACAAUGGAAGGAUCCAGCCAAACGUGCCUAAUGCCACAACCAGAACUGUCAGAUGGAAUACCUCAGGUCAGCCUCCAAUUAAGAGACAGUGGUUCAUGUUGGAAAGGGAUGGAUUUAACAGAUGAAAUCUCCUUCAUUAACAGUGAUGCCUUUUUUUCCAGCUCCCAAGAAGAUGAGCGGCCUAUGUCACCCUUCUAUGUGAGUGCCCACGUAUCACAAGUCAGUAGUAACAUUCCUGCUACAGGAGAGUAUUUAGAGAAGACAAUCCGCUCAGCCGUGGAGCAGCAUCUCUUUGAUGUUCAUGGCUCAGGCGGCCAGAGUUCAGAGGACUCUGAAUCGGGAACAUCUUCAGCCUCUUCUAAUGUGUCUGCCAGGCAGAGGAGGCGACACCACAAAGAGCAGGAGGAAGCCCGGAGAAACAGAGACAUGGAAGUCAUCAACAAAGAAAACAUUCCCUCUGGAUUCAGCAGUCUUGAAGACUGUAUUCUAGCUGCUCAAGAAGUAGAAAAAUUGCAAGAGAACAGCUCCGGAUAUCUUAGUGAAAGGAAUAAACCAAAACGGCAGAAAUCCAGCACGAAGCUUUCGGAGCUUAAUGACAACCAGGACAGUCCUGUGAGUAUGGAAAGCUUUAGCUCAUCCAGGCCUAUAGACAGAACAGGACCUGAUGACAUGGAAAUUUUAUCUGAAGAAAGCAAAGAAAGUGAAAACGAUGAGGUUUUUUUCAGGCACUCUCAGCUGACUUCAAGUAUGAAGAUUCAAGAGCAUCCAAGCAUUCCUGAAAACAAGUUGCAAAGAAAUCAAGAUGCUGAUGAUCAGGAAAACAGCUUUGUGUCAGAAGUGCCUCAGCUGGAUUUGACAGCACUGUGUGAUGACAGCAACUGGGAAGAGCCCAUCCCUGCUCUUUCCUCAUGGCAGCGAGACGGCUUAGACUCAGAUGAGGCUCGCCUUUCCCCGCAGGCCGGUCGCUUAAUUCGUCAGCUUUUGGAUGAGGACAGCGAUCCUAUGCUGUCCCCUCGCUUCUAUGCCUAUGGACAGAGCCAACAGUACCUGGAUGAUACAGAAGUGCCUCCUUCCCCUCCCAAUUCUCAUUCCUUCAUGAGGAGGCGGAGUUCGUCUUUGGGAUCUUAUGAAGAUGACCGAGAGGACCUUACCCCUGCACAGCUCACCCGGAGGAUUCAGGGGCUGAAGAAGAAGAUCAGGAGAUUUGAGGACAAAUUUGAAGAGGAGAGGAAAUACAGACCUUCCCACAGCGACAAAGCAGCCAACCCUGAAGUGCUCAAAUGGACAAAUGAUUUGGCCAAAUUCCGAAAGCAACUUAAAGAGACAAAACUAAAGAUAUCAGAGGAAGACCUUGGCCCUGUUGUGCGUCAGCGGAGCAACACGCUCCCCAAGAGCUUUGGCUCUCAGCUCGAAAAGGACGAUGACAAGAAGCAAGACCUGUCAGAUAAAUCUGCCAAGCCUGCCGUGGAGGCGACACUUGAUUCUAUUCAGAAGAAGCUUCAAGAAAAACGAACAGAGGCAAACCGACCUGAAGAUAUUAAGGACAUGACAAGAGAUCAGAUAGCAGCUGAAAAAGUGGCCCUUCAAAAAGCUUUGCUGUAUUACGAAAGCAUUCAUGGCAGACCGGUUACCAAAAAUGAACGGCAGGUGAUGAAACCAUUGUAUGACAGGUAUCGCUUGGUCAAGCAGAUCCUCUCCAGAGCCAACACCAUCCCUAUCAUUGGUUCCCCCUCCAGCAAGCGGAGAAGCCCUUUGCUGCAGCCAAUUAUCGAGGGCGAAACAGCUUCCUUCUUCAAGGAGAUAAAGGAGGAAGAGGAGGGGUCUGAGGAAGACAGCAACGUGAAGCCAGAUUUCACAAUUACCAUGAAAACAGAUUUCAACGUGCGUAGCUUCUUGGAUCAACUAGAAGAUGAUGCCGAUGGCUUUGUUUCCCCAGUGGAUGAUAAGAUGCCAUCUCGGAGCAAUCAGGAUAUGGGGCUUUCAAAUCUCCAUGAAGCAUCCAUCCCUGAACUCUUAGAGCAGCUCCAAGAAGUCAGGGAAGAGAAAAAGCGAAUCAGAAAAAAAUUGAGAGACUUUGAAGAUAAUUUUUUCCGACAAAAUGGAAGGAACGUGCAGAAGGAAGACCGCACUCCCAUGGCUGAAGAAUACAAUGAAUACAAGCAGAUUAAGGCCAAGCUGAGGCUGCUGGAGGUCCUGAUCAGUAAAAGAGAUAUUAGCUCCAAGAUCAUGUAAAGGAGGAGAUUGGUUUUGCCAGUAAACAAAAAGGAGAGAACACCAAAUGGACAAAUGCAUGAAGUGGAUGCAGCGGGAGCCUGGCUGAGGAGAGCUGAGGAGCUCCCUGGGAACUGAAGGGCCAUUCCCAGAAGCAGGAGGGGGAGGAAAGGUGGCUUUCCAUCACUCUACACUUGCUGUUGCCCCCUCUUUCUCCAGGCCUGAUGCCCAAAAUGGAGUUUGCCAGUGUAGGAGACGUGACACUGCACUCAGUGACCUCACUGAAGGGAUCCUUCUGGUUUGAUUUGCUUACAGAUCCUGUAAUAUUUAAGAAUAUCAAAGCCAGCCAUGCUAUUCUUUUUUUCCCAGGAUAUCACAGCAAGAGGCAAAGUAGGAUGGAUAGUGAUUAAAUCAUCAAAUAGCUUCUCCUUUAGUUUAACAGACAGGUGCCCUGACUGAUCUCACAUGAAGGCACAGGUCAGAUAGUGCCAAGACUGUUCUCUUGUAGCUACAGUAAAAUUUGCUCAGACUUUUGACCUGACUGUGUGGAGUCCAGCAUCUUCUGUUGCUCUAAAUAAAUGCUGUAAGAAUCUCCCAGUUAUCACCCAGAGCUGGUGUGAGUUGCAGUUUUGCCUAGGCUUGAGUUGGGUUUUCUUCCCACUUUUUGAUGACCCGUUCAACUGAAGUAGAAGAAAGUGCUUGCGUCUGUCUGGGAUAGCAAAGAAAAUGAGCCGUGCAGCAAGGUUCUUGCCAGCUUGUUCCACUUCGAAGGUGAUACUGUAAUAUUAUGACCAUGUUUAGGCAACUAGGAGGAAAAGAGGUUUUAAAAGCUUUAAAUCAGAAUCCCUUGGGAUUUUGGUAGCUCAUAGGUUAAACGUCUGGCAUCGGGUAUCUGGAAGACCCACCCCAUGAGUACGUGUGCGUCAUCAUCUGGUACAGACCUAAGGGUCCAAGCUGAACAGUCUUUGCGUGUGUCAUACAUACUCCCAAGCCUAAAUUUUGUUCUUUCUAUAUACACCAUCAGUCACACUACAUGGGCUGCAGCAAUAACACUGUGAUGGUGGCAGCAGAGGAUGGUCUUUUCUUCCCGGUGUGCAUUGGUGGUAUAUCAGCGGAGGGGAUGCUGCAGUGAACUGAAAGCCUAGAGCCACACCCUGCCUCUAGAAAGGGCCCGUGCCUCAGGUGCAGGUUUUGACAAUUCAACAUUUUCAAAUUUGCUUAUGACUUUCAGAAAAAAAAGUCCUGAGACACCUGAUUCACGUGCUUGUGUCAGGCAGAUGCUGCCUGAAGGAGUGAAAGGCAGCGAGUUCAGAACGUACCAAGUAGCCGAGGGCUCACAGUUCUGCAGUCUUGGGCCACCUGGGCUCGCUCUCCCGCUCCAGAGGCUUGUGUGCACCAACUCGCUCUCCCUGAGCCAGGGCUUGACCCUGAUGUCUCAGGGAGAGCAUUUCUGUAAUGCUUUCUUCUGCAUUGAUCCCCCAGGGAGCUCAUGUGCAGAAGCCAAAUGGCUGAGAUAGAAUGCAGUGCCAGUUAUCGUAGCCGGGCCUCGCCCAAGUCACGCCGAAGGAGGCAAGAAGAGGACCCCCAGAACAACUUCUCUCCCUUCCUUCCUUCCUUAUACGGGCAAGCGGGCUCACAGAGAGAUGUAUUUGGAUUGCGGUACUUAGACUUAGCCCCUUCCACUUCCUGUAUGUGCUAUGUUAAUUCUUGCCAAAACUGAUGCUGAGGGUGUUUUGGUCUCUUCAGGAUCCUAUAAGCACUUCAAAAGGCAACCUUUUUCCAGUGGGUUUGCACAUGCUGUUGCUACUUGGGAUGGGUAAGGCAGUGAUGUGCGUGCAUUAGUGAAAGCACUUUGGAGGGGGACUCCCAGGUUGUUUGGUUUUGGAUUGGUUUUUUAUUACUGGUUGCAGAAUUGCCUAUCCCAUAUAAAAUCAGUGAAGACUGAAUUCCAUAUUGCCAAAGAGUCCAGAGGACUUGCGUGCUGACCUGAGUCUUGGCUUUUCAGAGAUGCUGAGUUUCCAUCACUUGAAAGAUGUGGGGCUCUGCCUCUGCAAAACUGAUCCUUGGAGCAUGUUAACUGGCCUGAAAAAAUGGGCUCAAAAACUGCUUUUGAAGAUGUUUGACUGGAAGGGAGGCCUGACCAGGGUAAGCCCUUGUCUGAACACAGGGCAGCCCUGGAAAACAGAGCUGUGCCUUUGUCCUUCAGCCUGCGCCUAUGGGCUCUUCCUCUCAGAGUCCAUAGUGAGUUUUCCCUGAUUAUUUUAGAUAUUUUAGAUACAGCAGCUGAGCCAAACUGGCUGCGGUGUCACUCUGCUGGUAGAAACGUCGGAUGAGAAAGGUGUUGGGUUACGACAGUCCUUAGCGGUGGCUCAGUUUGGUAUGGUUCAGGCCCAGUUCAGCAAAGCAAAAGCAUGCACGGGGAGCACGUGCCUCAGGCUAGGUCUGCAUUUGGGAUUUUGCUGAAUUACAAUGGACUGAAGCUUCGGUGCGUUGCUGAAUCUGGGCCUGGACAUCUUUAUUAGGGACAAGAGAAGCAGUUUCUGCCCUUUCUUCAUAGUCAUACAUUUUCCCAGUGGGCCAAGGCUUCCCAGGAGUAUGUUUUCUCUGCUUAUUUUUAAAAGCCUGUUUGCACUGUGUACUGAUAAAUUACCUGUUUUGCUGGGUUCUGCCCCUGACAAAUCUUGAUUAAAUGAUACGUAGGGAACAGUUCAUUUUAUUUUUAAACUGAUGAGAUUGUAGCAUUUUCUGAUGCUUAGUUACUGCUGUUUACAUGGUAUAUUGCUAGAAUUUCAGAUAGUUUAUAUGAAAUGUAAGUACAAUUAUGCACUUUAGAGAGUUUAUAUUUUUGAACUUUGAAAGCUAAAAGUUACAAAACCUGUUAACUGAGAUUGUACAUUAAAAGAAAAAAAAAAAAAUGCCUAGCCCUCUCUCUUUUUAAACUGUUCUUUUCAAGUCUUUCCCUGUGGCAAAAAAAAAAAAAAGGGAAAAAAAACCGCCAGCAAACCCAUACAAACCAUCAUCCGCCUAGUUGCAAAGGGAACUGCUAGGAAAGACCGUCCUAGAGAAAUGGAUUUUAAAAUUCCAGUCCUGGAAAGACACGUACAAAUGCUCAGCUUUCUGUCCAGGGUUUGCAGAUGCUGUGACUCGCCGCUCCCAAGCCUGCGCAGGAGCAGGGCUCCAAGACCUGAACAGUAAAAUGUUGUCUUUGUAUCUCCAACAGAUGAUCUGACUUCCCACUAACCACAAAUAGCCAGAAGCGGUGUUUGUCCUGUCACACUCCUCUAAGUCAGUCCAAGCAACGCCUGUGUGUUUUGUUUGAUGAUUUGUCUCUGCCAACAUCAAUGGCUAUUGACUGGAGAACAUUAAAUACAAGACCAUGUUUUUAAAAGGUGUGAAGUACUGUACAAAAAUCUACUUUAUGUGAUAUAAAUAACUUGUUAGUAUCUAAGACGACCUGUUCCCAUGUCACCAGAACAACCUCUCUGCUGGAGGAUGGCAGUACGGUCUGUUGGGCUUCCCAUCCACUGGGGCCAUUUCAGACACGCAUGUCUGUGUGUUACCACAUUGUGGUAUAAUAAAUCUUUGCGGUUUUUUUUUUUUUUCAAUUAUGACAAUGAAUGGGUUGUGGGCAAAAUAAGAUUGCAAGAGUUAAAGAUAGAGGAAAAACUUGUCAUUCUUACAAGUUGCAUUUGAGUUUAUUCUGUUUACUCCUGAGUAAACAGUCAAAUAAUGGAUGUCUAUGUUAAAGGCAGUGAAAUUAAAGCAUCUGAUCUUUUAAUCAUUUUGCUAAGGCAUCAGUUGUUAUUCCUGGUAUGUGCAAGUUUCAGAGGGCAUGUGCUGUCAGACACUGGAGGUGCUUCCUGAGUCCUUUUUGGAGACAUUUGCGAAUUGGUGAUUCACCGGCCCUUGAAAUGAGCUGCCGAGGCAGGAGCCAGGCUGUAGGCCUGUGACUGUCCCCGUGCAGCCCGGAGGCGAAGCUCGCCCUGUUCCAAAGCUCUCCCUGCUCGUGGGGCUGUGCCAGCGGCGGGCCCGGUGCCCGGGCUGAAGCGCUGGCCGGUCAGCAGGGUCUGUCCCGGGGCCGCGCUGUGGCCCUUGCCGGCUGGUGGCAACUGCAAAGCACAGCUGCCAAAGGCAGCUGGAUUUUGUCAUGCGUGAGACCAGCUGGUGCUUGGUGUAUGUACAGGGUGGGGAGUUGUACUUCAGCUUGUUUUUCAGCUUGCUCCAGCUUUGCUCUUUCUGUUUCCCAUCUCCUGGGGAAGGGAUCCACGGACUUCUGGCUGUUGGGGAGGGAAUUUGGGUCCAGGCUUGUUCCUCUAAGCCAAGGCAGAGGAGGGGGCUUCGCUUGCUCAUGUGCAGAUGGGGAAGUUAAUUUUACAUUUGAAAACUGUAACAAGUGAUGCAUUCAUUGACCCGCAAGUGUGAGAUAAUCUGGUGGAAACGGCUCGCUUCCUUCCUCUCUCUGGAUGAUGCCGUAUACCUGAAGGGCCAAGGACCCUUAUCCCAGUGGGUGGACUUAAAGUGUGCCUUCAGGGUUGUCGGAGGAUGCCCAUUCCAGCAUUAUCCCCUGCAUGUGUUACAAAAAGUGCAGUGAGCACCAGGAGCAUCAGCAGAACCAGAGCGAAACCUGGGCCCCGUGCCUGGCGCACGCCUUGGGGCUGGGCUGAUUUCAUGGUGGUGCGGUGGGGAGUGAUGUUGUUCAUUCGCCCUUGGGAAACAGGCCAGUGGUUCAUGUGCGCGGACCGUGCUGGAGCCUGACCCUGUUGCAGCUGGGGUUAACAGCCAUCUCCUUACUGACUGCAGCAGGGCAGCCCAUGGUGUGAGGCGUGUACACGGUAGCCCAGGGCUCAGUUCUUCCAAACCCUUUGCUGUGUAUUUUGUGAUACUGGUCUGACUGCAAAAUUCACAUGUAUGGAGAGAAAUCUCUCCCUUCAUCUGUGUCACCUAAAUCCCUCUCUUGCUUCGCUGAAGAGUAGCUGGUUGUCUUAUUUGCUGCCCCUGUGGUCCCUGUGUAGGGAGGGGUGAGGGGGGGUGAGCUGUAUUAAUGCUAAAUGCAAUGACAUUCUGGUAAAGGGGGGGGGUGGGGGGGGGGUGGGGUGUUGGGGUUCAGAGGCAGAGAGCUGUUUCUGCAGAGUAUUUCCCCUGCAAGCAUUUACACAACACACAAACCAACUUUUUCAGCCAUAAAAUUUUAAAUUGAGAGUGCAACUAGUGAAAAAGCGAGGGAGCUUACGCUGUGUAACUGCAGUGGGUGAAAUCCUGGCCCUACUGAAAGCAAGCGUUGCUGUUUGUUCUGCAGUAAUGCUCAACUGCAUUUCAGCAAUUUUUUUUAAUUUUUUUUUUAAGAAAGGGGUAAUGUAGUUACCCCAGCCUCAGCUGUCUGCAACAAACUCCUCCUCUUCCUUGACACUUGGGGGGGGUGGGAGGGACGGCUUGUCACAGACUGUCAAAAAAUAAAUUUUGCAAUGAUUUCACUACCUGGGAAAGUACAAAGUAGCUCAUAGGCCAUAGAGGGGGAGUAAGUGGGGCAGCGGGUGCCCAGGUAAUUAUACUAGCUUAAUUAAUUUUGCUAAUGUUUGUAGCCUGCAGAAGUUAAAUUCGAGAGCGCCAACAAGCAGAGAAGCAAUAUGAGAGCGAGCUGGGCUGGCAGCUCAGCAGGAUUUCUUCCUGCUGCUUCUUCAGGGAGUUUCUAAGGUAUCAAGAGUCUAGCCAUGAACAGCCCACCUCCACCCCUGCGUGUCUGGGUGCUCCACAUUAAGAACAUUCAUGUAAAACUGGUAAAAAGCUCUUGCCCUUGGGGCUGGAAGUGGCCUGACAUCUGCAGCUAGUGAAGGGGCAGUUGGGUCUCACCAACCGGGAUGGUCACAGGCGGCACAGGGUAUUGUACACCUGUGGGACGUUGUAUGUUCACAGUGAUCCUUGUGCCUCCCUUUGGACACCUGCAUGCAGUGAUGAACCAUUUCCUAGUAUAUGGCUAUAUGUGUACAUCAAACAAGAUAUAUUUAUGCAAAUAACUUGGUGUAUGCCAACUGUUUGAGUUGGAGUGCAGAAGCCAGUGCGGGGGGGAAGGAGGGGGUUGUGCCUGACUGAAAAAAAUUAAUACUAAUUACUUUUUUCUGACUGUAUUAGCUGAGUAAAAGCAACUAGGUAACUCUGCCAGGCAGUGGAUAUAUUCCACAGCUAAUGAAACGUUAGCAAAUAUGGGCCUGGGCCUAUGUUUACAUGAUUUAUGUAAGCAAGUUUGAUUUGAAUCCACGGUGUCUUUUUUUAGUGUAAAUGUAUCAACAAACACUAUGUGUACACGCUGCAUUUUGUAUAAAACAAGGAAAUAAAACUAUUUUGACAGCU